GUUGUGCUCAGCGCGCGUCGCCAAUUUACUUGUCGACCAAAAAGUUGCGCGCGGUCUACCUCCCAACACCACAUCACCCCAAGAUCAACACGGCCACGAUUCGGUCCACGACGUCCCUUCAUUCUCACCCAAGUCACUCGUGCUGAAGACCCCAGAUCGGGAUGCUCCAUCUCGAAUUUUAAUCAAAUUUCUCGAACCGGACCAUUUGACAACUGCGCAUUCCCAAUGGCACCACCGCGACAGAGCAAUGUCCGCCGUCGCGAGACGUCAACAGGCGACUUUCACGAGCUUGGUGUGAAAGGACGAAAGACUGGCAUUGAAUUGCCCGACACGGGCGUACGCGACGAACAUGGCAUGCAGCCCAUCGAUGGCCUCUUCUCCUCGCCAGAGAAGGAAAACGGAUCCGCCAGCGACGGUGGAGAACAGGACAUGGAGCUGGAUUCGGAAUCGGGUCCCGGGCCUUCCACCAUUAUGAAGAACCACCCUCGGCUCGUUCCCCGAGGAACCUCCCCGCGAAAGACGAACCUCGGAUCACCUGCGAUGCGUCACCCAAGCUUCGGCCCUUCCUCAUCACCGACACGACUGUCACCCCAGCGGAGAUCAUCUUCGCCGAUAGAAACCCAGCCAGCUCGUGGAGCUCCUGUAUCACGCAAACUCGACUACGGCGCGCUGGAGAAGAACGGACCCGGGUUGAACGGUAAACGUCCCAACGGAUUCAAGAGUGGACGCGCAGUCUCUUCCGAGGACGAGGAAGACGAGGAGGCCGUGUUACAGGCGCAAAACGGCACUGUCGAGAACGGGGACGAGGAGUCGAUGCAAAUGGUCAGCAUGGAUGACGGAGAAGUGCCAGAGCCCGAAUCUGAGCCAGAAUUACCGGAACCAGAGGAAAUCUCAGAGGUCGAGGCCCCGAAGCAGCCAGUGAAGCGCAAAGGCCGUCCGGCCAAGGCGAAGCCAGCUGUCCAGGAAGAGGCAGAGGAACAGUCAAGCAAUGAUCCCGAACCAGAACCAGCACCAGUCAAGAGGAGAGGCAGGCCGGCAAAGGGCAAGGGCAAGACCCAAUCAGACGAACCGGAGCCUGAAGCGGAAGAGGUCAGCGCACCCAAACGAAGACGUUCGCGUAACUCCGACGCAGACAAAGCCGAGCAAGAGGAGGAAGACGAUCGCGCAUCCAAACGACAGCGGAAAGAACCAAAGAAGGCGACGGGCGGAGCACGGGGACGCCCGAAAGCUGUGCCCCAGGAGGAGGAGGAGGGCGAAUCAUCGAAGCAGACGGCCAAGGCCGCCUCAAAAGCCAAAGCCGGGCCCAAGGGCAAGCCAGGACGCAAGCCGCAGGCCGCGACGGGCGAGGACUCGAUCCUGGGCGUGGUGCAAAAGGGACCGCCCAUGCCCAAGGCGCGCGGACUAGUCUCGCAGAAGCAGAAGCAGGACCCUCAUUCCAUCACCCACACGAGAUCAGGACGCCAGUCCUACAGGCCGCUGGCGUUCUGGAAGAACGAGCACGUCACCUACGACGAAGACGAGGCUUUUGAAGACGGCAAGAAGGGCAACAGGUUCCUCCUGCCGAGCGUCAAGGAGGUCGUCCGCGUCGAGGAAGAGGAGCGGGAGGCGGCGCGGAAGGGCAAGUCGAGAGGCCGCAGACCUACCGCCAAGGCAGGCAGGCGGCGUCAGCAGGUCGAAUCCGAAGAUGAGGAGCCGGCGGAACCGUGGGAGCAGGACCCCGGCAGCGUCGACGGCGAGAUUGUGGUUUGGCAGCCGGAGCACGAGUUCAACCCGCCCGCUAUCAACGAGCAGGUCGAGAUCGACGAGGAGCGCAUCGCUGUCGCUGCGAGCGCCAUCCAGACGAGGGACAUUCGCGACGCAACGUUCCGUUUCGCAAAGACGCUGAGCUUGCCGUUCUUUGGCUCGGGCGUCGUCGAUCUCCCGCCGGGCGCGGAGAAGCGGCCCAAGAACUCGCGCAAGAUGCAAAUGGUGUUUUUUGUGUUCCAGGGCAAGGUCCUGGUUACGGUGCAUGAGUCGCAGUUCAGGAUCAGCGCCGGUGGAAUGUGGUUCGUGCCGAGAGGAAACUACUACAGUAUUCAUAAUGACUAUGAAAGUCCAGCUCGUAUCUUCUUUGCGCAGGGGUGCGAGAUGAGCGCAGGGAAUGAGUUCUCUCAGGAUACGACCAUAGGCUGAAGUCGAUAUAUGGAUGGUUAGAGACGGCGGCUUUCAGCGCCCUCGUCUGUUGGAUUUUCUUGUUGAUUGUUUGGUUGUCGGCGGUGUGUUUUGCGAGAUAUCCCAUUUCCUGCUCCCCGUAACCCCCCCAGAAAGGGAGCUUUGUAGCUCUAUCGGAUUCGGUCUUGAGUUUGUUGGAGGGAGGAGUUUCUUCUGAGUCCGGGAAUGAGAUCCCGCUAGAUGGAAGAGCUGGCGAUGAGAGUUGAGUCUCUCGAUGUGUCGGGCUGCGUUGUGUUGUGAGAUGAGCGAGUUGAGGACUAUCAUGAGGAGUAGCGGCUGUUUUUUAUGUUUGGGGGUUAUAAUUGCAUCAAUAUCCACGAAAUCGCGUUCUUG